ACAGUUGUCAAUGGAUAGCGCAGGCCCAAAAAUAAUUAAUUUAUUUUCCAUUAACAAAGCAGCAAGUUAGCAUGUUGCGCCACAUCCAAUCCCUUUCGCUUAAGACCGACGGUCAAUUGCCAGUGGUGUCCCAAGAGAUCUAUCGUCAGUUCUUCAAGGAUCUGGCAACUAAGCCGCAGCUGCUUUCAGGAAGCCAGUCGUCGGAUUUAAAUAGCAAUAGCUUUGAUGUGGAGGUCACUAAUCAGGCGGAGUCAAUUGUCCCAACACCGAAUGAUGUUUGGAUCUUUGGCUAUGGAUCGCUGGUAUGGAAGGCUGAUUUUCCCUAUAUCGAUCGCCGACGUGGCUAUAUAUGCGGGUUUAAGCGUCGAUUCUAUCAGCACAGCAUCGAUCACCGUGGCGUCCCUGAAAGGCCGGGACGUGUGGUAACUCUCCUGCCGGGCGAUGUUACCCAGGAUCGUGUAUAUGGUGUGGCAUAUCGCAUAGCCUCGCUGCAAAAGGGCCAGGUGCUGGAUCAUUUGGACUAUCGCGAAAAAAACGGCUAUGAACGCUGCCAUCUGGAGUUCCACGAAUAUCCCGCGACCAGUGAACCCAUUCAGGUCAUUAUGUACGUAGCCACGCAGGCGAAUGAUUCAUACGCCGGCGACGUUUGGGAAGUUCCUUGCAUAGCAAAACAGAUUUUCUCCGCUGCUGGACCAAGUGGACCCAAUCGCGAAUAUCUAUUUAAUUUGGCUCUGGCCAUGGCUCAACUCUUUCCCGGCGCUGUUGAUGAGCACCUCACCGAGCUGGUCGAGUGUGUAAAACAUCUUAUUGAGAGGGAUGAACCGCAGAUGUUGGAACGUGGCCUAACACGGGAAAUUAUGAAUAUCCUAAAGGAUUGCUGGAAAAAUGAGGAAGCGCUAGUCAAGCGUCUGGAGGCUUUGCGUCAGCGAUGUGAACAGCCCGGUUGGCGAGAAUGGCUUUUGGUUCAGGAAUUGGAGCGUCAGAGUGGCUGACCCGGCUUAGCCAAUUUAUUAUUUGUCCCUUACAUUAAUUUGUAUAUAUGUAUUUGUUUAGCUUAUUCCAUGCUCAUGUAUUAAUUUAUGACAGCCUCCUUUAGUAGGGAAGAUAUGUGUAAAUAAAUCUAGAAACUAAACUGA